AUGUCAGAGAAUCAGGAGCUCCUCGCCAAAAUUGGCCAGCUUGCAGGUCAAAUUAACAAACAUAAAAACCAGACGCAGAAUCUUUACAAUAAUGAUCCCUCAGCAGGCCAAUAUGUGUCACGACACACCUCCCCUAGACCACACCCUGGCUGGACACCGUAUCGCGGACGACCAUAUCCACGACGACCGGUAGCGCCUCAUCGAAACCGCACACUUGUUCUCAACAACGCCGUGGCAGCAGGAUCUACUCCAAGUUCUGCGUCAUCUGCUGGCACUGCGACUGAUAAUGAGGGCGAGGUGCGAUCUUCGACGCCAGGCAGCGGAUGGGUUGCGAAGCGCGACCGCCAUAUGCAGCUGAUCAAUUCGGCAAUCUAUGACAAGGAAGCUCAGGCAAGGACGAAGGCUCUUGAGGAGUCCCGGAAGCUUAAGGCGCAGAAACGAACACAGAUAGAGGAAGCUAAGGUCCUUAGAUACGCCCAAGGUGCUGGGAGGAAGUUUCCCAUAUCCGUGACUCCCCAGACCGCUGCUACCAGCCAACCCUCGGCAGGCUAUCAGAUCUUUGUCGAUGGCAUUCCGUUCAGGAUUUCUCGGGGUGGAAGCAAGUUGAUUAGAUUGUCUAAUGAUCCUAAGACUGCGAAUAACACGCCGAAAAAGGCAACAAUCGCGGGGUUGCCUUUUGUCCGAAGCAAGAAUGGAAAUCUCCAUCGUCUGGGUGCAGUAACUUCGAAGAGGAAACCGAUAAUGGUCAAGAAGAAAAACGAGCUUUGUAAAAGAUUUACUACAACGGGUGCCUGCUACAAGGGGCCCAACUGUCUCUAUAUUCACGAUCCGAACAAAGUAGCCAUUUGCAAGGAGUUUCUCCAGACUGGUAAAUGCAAUGCAGGUCUAAGUUGCGAUCUUUCCCAUGAACCGUCACCCCACAGGUCCCCGGCUUGCAUGCAUUUUCUUAGAGGACGAUGCUCCAACCCAGAAUGUCGAUAUGCACAUGUCCGCGUGACUCCUGGUGCUCCCGUGUGCCGGGACUUUGCAACUCUAGGCUACUGUGAAAAGGGGGCAACAUGCGAAGAGCGACACGUUCACGAGUGUCCUAACUAUGCCAACAUGGGGAUUUGCAAUAAGAAACGCUGUCUCCUACCUCACGUUGACCGGGCUGGUCAGAUCCGCAAGAUGGCUGCUAACAAGAUAGGCCCUUCCGCCUCCGAGGACGAGGCAGAUCUAUCCAGUGAGGAAGAGGAAUAUGAUGAGAUUGAUUCGGAAGAUGUCGACUCGGACGAGUCUGACGAUGAUCAGACCGAGAUCAUCCUUGGGGGCCUUGACAGUGGUGAACUUGCGCAGCAGCAGGAUUUCGUCCGCUUCUAG